AAGUUACUUAAACAAAACAGUAGAUAGUGAAGUGUGCUUCGUAUCUCCAAAACCAGAAAGAAAACAACAUUAAUAAAGUUGUUCACCAAAGUACACAAUGAAAGCUCCUGCGUAGUGCCUAAGUGUUUUAUAAAGAGUGCUAUAAGCUGGUUCUGGAGAAAAUCUAUUCAUAGUGGAACAAAAUCAAUGAACUAUGGCUCGACCCAUCCGACGUUGUCCUAUUUCCCGAGCAAUAUUAGAGGAAAUUGCUUUGGAAGGUUUAGAGGGCAUAACAUUACCAUCACUAUGGACUUACUUAAGUAUCGACUUGGGAGUGGAAUUACCACUGCCAUCAGAUGUGAUAAACCGUGUGUGGAAUUUCAUCAAACAAAACACCCAUCAGCUGGAUUUUUAUGAAUUACCAACAGAGCGAGCAACUGUGCAAUGUGAGAGUCGUUUUACGCAUGUAGACCCAGAUUUCGAAGUACCCAUUAUGCCGGAUCCCAACAAAUUUAUGCGAUACAAAUAUGUACCAAUUGAAGAUGGUGAAAUACGCGGUUCGUGUGAAUUCUAUAAAGAGCGGAAGAAAAUAGAAGCCGUUGAAGUUAGUGAUUUAAAUGCCGAAGCUGUCUUGGAAAGGUGGGAUAAGCGCUUUGUAGUGGUGGCCUCACAAGAAUUGCGCUUUUGCGUGCUUACACCGCGGAAUAAACCUAUUCCGCGAGACUUAACCCUGGUACAAUAUUGUUUCUGGGAAGCUGUAGGACGUUCACGCUACAAUGGGGAGACAACCUCUGGUCCUUAUUCUCUAUUUCAGUUUUGCAAAGACUCCUCUGUGAUUUUUUAUAUCAAACAAAAAUUGGCUCAUUUUGGUUUGAUAACGCAUCAACCUUUUCAUGAAUUUCGUGGUGAUCGUAUCGUUGUUACAUCCCUACUCAACCUACCGCAGUAUGUGCCGGAAAUUCCACGAAAUAUAAUUACUCUCAUAGAAAAAAUUUAUGAGCUCGUAAAAAAGUCGGAACGGCAAUACUUACCGUUAACAGAAUUUCGCACCUUGGUUCCGAUAUUAGCACGUAAAUCCAAAUUUCGGCGUUUUGUACUGACUCCUUUCUUUCAGCGCAUCUUUGAGGUGAAAAAAGUGCUGACUGGACGCAAUAGCAGAAAAGGCAAAGAGAUAAGUGUUCUAGCGAUUACUUUGCGGAACCCCGAAAAACCCCUAGAAGAGCUUAUAGAGGAGGAACUCACGGAGGGAGAAAAGGAGACGGGAAUUAGCUUCAAAGACGCUUUCACCGAUAAUAAGCAUUCUUUUGUGGAUAUGCCGCUGAAGGAGGAAUUCUAUCGCGCCGUUUUGCGACAUGGCACGCGCGGUUGUAGUCACACAGAGCUAUCCAAUUAUCUCAGCGAAUCGCACUGCGUGGUGCGUCAGAUGGUCAGAGCGAUGCAACGUGACGGUUUGAUAGUAUCGCAUGUCGUUGAUGAGGGACGCCAACACAUCCACAAAUUCGUUGCAUUGGAAGUGAUUAAUGCAGAAAAAUUGGCGAACGAAAAGGGCGUUGAAAAACCAGCGGAAGUGGUCAAAUUCAACAGUAUGCCGCCCACUCCUCAGCUGGACGAAACCUUGGCCGUGGACUGUCCACAAGUCAAAGCCACGGUGGAGGAGUACGUACAUAAGGAUAAGCCAUUCCGCAUAACCUUUACCAGCCGUCAGCAAUCCCGUCGCGACUUCAUAAUUCAACAGCUGAACGAGCAUGGCAUUAUGCUUACCGUUACUUUACGUAGUAAAUUGCAGGAAACGGAACGGCAGCGUGGUUUCAAAGAUGAAAUCUGCUUCAAAUCCUUGCGGCGCAUGUUCAUGGAAAUGAAGAAAACCGACAACUUGAAGACAUACGAGAUUUGUUUAAAAUAUCAAGAGCACGUGCGUAGAUACCAUUGCGUAGCACAUCCGCAAAUUGAUCAUGACCACCUCUUGGUGAAUAAGGAGGUGAAACGUUUGAAAAAUGUGCUCUUAAGAACCAGGCAGCAGGAGGAGCAAAAGAAACAGAAUAAAUUGCGCAUGUUACGAAAGCAUGCUGCAAAAUUAGCACGAAAAGCGCCAAAAUCGCUUGACACCAAGUCUAUGACGCCGAACGCCGCCAUCGAGCAGUUACCCAAACCACCUAAAUUCCUUAUAUCCCGUUACAUGCACGAGUUUCUUUUCUAUAUCGUGGUUGAAUUGAAUGAAAAUAAAGAGAUACUGGAAAUCGACGAACCUUUGCUGCGCACAUGGAAAGACACGGAGCCAUCACUGCAAGUGAACGAGUUUUUACAAAGUUUACAUGCUGGCGUCGAGGUGCAGCACAGUUAUAUGUCGGAGCUUAGCUGGCGCACAUUCAUACCGCCGCUGCCGAAGUAUGCCGACAAGCCGGCUGGUUGGGUGAACUUUUUGGACGCCAUCGAACGCAUGCCACUCUCAAUAUUCAACAAAAUAUUUCGCUUCCAGCCAACCGGCGGCAAUGUGCUCGACGAUUACUUGACCCACCCCAUACGCCAGCACUAUCUCAUACGACAGCUGCCAAUGGAGUUGCAAAAUCAAAUAAAUCGCAUUUACUUGCAACGCAUCUGCACGAUGGUCCUGAAGCUACUAAAUCACAUGGGUCUCAUACAAGUGGGCGAGAGCCAAAAUUUCAAAAAUACAAUGAUGAUUUGGGUGUAUCUCAAUCGGCGCACGCAAAUACUCGAUACAACACCGUCGGAAGCGAGCUUCGCCACUGUCAAUACGGAGCGCAAAUAUGAAGAGUUGAAUUUUCAUUUUGCCACAUUUGAGGACAUCACCAUGUACUGGACGCAUGUGCACCGUAUUUGUGUGUAUACCAAGCUCGGCCUGCUAAGUGCCAAGCAUAAUGAGAAGUCGCAGAGUCGGCGAGACUUUCACUUUUUACCCGCUGUAAGCUUUGACGAUGCACCACACUACGAUAACGGUGAGGUGCCUGGCGAUCGCGCAGGCGCAGCCGGUUUUGCGGCGCAUCUGUUUGCGCAUGCGUUGCGCAGCUGGUCGUGGAUACUGCGCACGAACGUGAAACCGGUGCAAACACGCACGGGCCGUAUACCGUUAAUACGCAACAGCAGCAGUAAACACUUGCGCCUCAUGGGCUUACGCAAGACACGCUUGCACGGCGGUCAUAGCGGGCACGUGAAACGCUUGCCACAUGCGGUGGCAAUCAAGCGUAGUGCCAAAAAGAAGCCGGCCUCCAUGCGCGACGCCAUCGAUCGGGAUGCGCUGAAGAACAUGCGCACGCUGCGCGCCAGCUGGGGCAAGGAUGAGGAUGACUUCUUGAAAUUGGCACGCGCCGUGUAUAUAUACAUAGAGGCACCGGUGCCGGUACUCGGGCUCAUUGUGGUUGGUAAAAUUUGUCGUGACGUCAUCAGACACAACCUGGGCAUACGCAACAAGACGACGCAAGCGUGCCAUCGGCGUAUGCAGUAUAUCGUGAAGACGGGACGCCAUAUACCAGAAGUGCCCACUUGGGUGCACAUAUUGCAGACCAAUGUCGAAAUCCAGGAACGCUAUGGUGAAAAUUUUCUGCAACAACUGAAAGGUGUCUAUACGGUGCGUGAGGAGUACUGCGAUGCUUUGGCGGUGCAUUUCAUAAACAUUUUGCAUUUCCUAUAUCAGUUAGUGCACAACACCAAAGGCAAAGAGGCGAUCACCGCUUUGCGCCCACGCUUCACCAUACCCGACAGCAUCGAUGAGUUCGAGCGUCUGUACGUGAAACGCAUGGCGACCACGGAAGAAAAGCCUAUGAAAUAUAUUGAUCCCGCCAACGAACAGGAUGCGCUGGCAAUGCUGGCCAUUAACGUGCUGCACAGUUCGUUAUGUUCGGCGCUCGACAAGACCUCCUAUACGGCACAAGCUUUUGAGAUUUUCAAAAAAUUCUCGGAAGAAAUACUGCAACGCGCCUUCCAUAUAGCGCGCAAUGGCGCACUGAUCGUGGCGAACAAACGCAAGAACAUCGAAAAGCUACCCAAUCAACUAACUAGCCCGGCUUACUCGCUAUCCGUGCAGUACCAACGUCGCUUAUUCUAUCUGCGCAUACCAUAUUUCGUUUACGACUCUCUCUUUGGCUUCUUUGAGAGCGCAAUGAGUGUUUUUAUGAAACCACAAGAGGAAUUCAUGGACAUGGCAUCAACUAACUUGGUGGAGCUACGUUCGCCCAAUGCCGGACAACUUUUCUUCAUUACCGAGGGUUUGGCGCGAAACUUUUGGGAUUGUAAUAUCAAAUUUCCUAGCAAUAUAUUGACGGUUGAUGCUGAACAAAGGCAGACGUUGUCUUCAAUGGAUCGCAUACUCGAUCACUAUCAUUGCAUCUUCGAUAAUGCACCCGAAACGGAAUAUACGAAGAACUUCGAAAAUGAAGCCAGCGAGAAACAGGUCCGCGUUAAGUUCCAACCCGCCAACUUGAGCUACAAAAUCACCUACAGCCCCUACGACUUCAUAUCCAAACUGCCCACGCGGCACCUGCACUUCUUCUGCGCACUCGAUCACCUCAACCAGGAGGUGGAGAUCAAUUUCAGCCGCCUGAUGCACAGGGACGACGAACAUGACACACUGCGCAUCGAAUGCCCCUUCAACUGUGUGCUCAAACAUGCCAACUACAUUAACGCCAUCGAGCGAAUAGUGCAGGAGAAGCGCAAUAUUUUGCGCGAGUUGACUGAGAUGCCGCCACAGAAGUUGCUGAAUCUGGCAUUGAGUGGCUGUUCCGUGACUGUGGAAUCGUCGAAUUUGCUGACGCUCGUGCGCAUGCUGGAGUCAUUUUGGCGCGAGAAAGAGACCGCCCAUGACCGCAAGGAUCUGGGACGUGUGUCGGCGAAUGUGAAGGUUAACAAAACUGUUGAUUGGCAUCAGUUAUGUUGCGAAAUACUGCAGUUCAAUGUGGCCGAGGAGGACAAUGACAAAAACGAUGAGUAUGAGCCGACACUCAACAAGGAGGAGCGACUUGCGCGUGCGCAGGAUGUGUUUGUGGUGAACCUGCCCACUUUGCAGUUGGAAGCCAAGACAAGUGUGUCCAACACAUUUAAAGAUAUGCAGUCGCACAAUGAUGUGUGCGUUUCGCAGCUUUUGUCGGAGACGGAACUGGAUCGUGAAAGUAUACUGCGGAAAAUCGUAGAUGAAUCGCAUUGGAAAUAUACGGAGAACACCUUCGAAGCACUCAAGCCGAAAUUGAGCAAACUAGGCUUUAAUGCUAUGGAACAGCAACAUGUUGAAGACCUGCUGCGAUUUAUUGAAGCGCGUAAGCUCGGCGUGCCUGUCACGGAUUUGCUGCGCGAAUUCCCUUACGCCCAGUUUCUAUCGCGUGCUUUGCGUCUACUCUCCGAGCAUUAUCUGGUCAAACGUGUUGGUGUUGCCACCAUGAUGUAUGUACACAAAACUCACAUACGCCCAUGGGUCGUGCACACUUUCCAUCUGAAAAGGCUGGAGCGCGAAAAUUUGGGGCCCGAUGGCACUGUGAGCCUCAAACGCGGCGCAAGUGAAGUCGAGCCCAGCACGAGUGGUAAUGCGGAGGUAAUGGAUAGCGAUGACGCAGAUGGACCUAGCACCAGUAAAAGAGCUAAAUUAGCUGACGAUGCACGAGUCGAUGCAGACGAUCAACGAAUAAGUAAGCGUGUGCCGAAGCCAGUAAAACGCUUUGAAAGCGCAAGUAAGGAAGGCAAGAACAAGGAGAAGGAUAGCAAGAGUGAUGUUAUUGUAAUGAAGCCCCAUGCUUGGAUCCGUCUGAACGGCACCAUUAAUCGACGUGUAUUGGAUCGUUGGUUGGGCUCGAUACUCACCGAGUGUGUUAGCCGUUCGGGUUGCAUGGUUUCGGAUAUUUGCACGAAGUUUCCACAUUUGCCACCAGUGGAAAUAAUGUUUCUGCUCGAAAUACUGGGUGAAUUGAAGUGCCUUCAUUUAACCGAGUUGAAACCGGCAGCCGUAAACCUUUUCUCAGCUUAUGAGGACGUACAAGAGAGUAUUGUAACGGAGUUCUAUGACCCGGAACACACUUACGUGACUGCGCAUGCGGACGCCAUGACACGCAUGGCCAUUUUUAUUGGCAAGAAAAAAUACAGCACGCAAUUUUUUUAAACAUUUUAUCUAGUUAACUGAUAAUACCCUUUUAUUUUAAGAUUGUUAACACUAGAACAGAAUAAAUUAAGCUGGCUUUGUCGCAAAGUCUUUACAUUACAACCACAAUGUAAAAA